GGCGUCAAAAUGGUUCAAUCUCAUCUCGAUUAAUGGCGGGAGAGCCAAAUCGCAUCGUGCAAAUUAAUGACACUCAUUUUUCAUGUCGUUAUAAUUCAUAUUCUCUACAACCACGAUUAUUUGAUAGUUAAUUAUUUAAUAUCGUUAUUCCAUGUCAAUAUAUAAUAUACUUUUCUAACCUAAAUAUUGUCCGCAAUGUAUAUUUGUCUGUUUGUUUUUUCUUUAUAUUGUUUCGCGUUUAUGCGUAAUUCUAAAAUUUUUUAAACAUAUAUACGUUUUGUACUGUCGAAACCAUACUUUACUGGUAAAAUAUUCUAUCUCUGCUCUUUAUACUACCCAGAGCACGGACUUAUAUCAGAGUGAUAUAAAUAAAAAAAAAGUGUUUGUGUAUAUAAUAUUUGUCUCAAAGAAAUAAGAUAAUUCGAAUGAAACAUAUUACGUGUAUAAAUUUCUUGCGGUUUAAAAAUUUUACUAAUAAUGUCAAAGAAAAUAGUGCUUGGUCAAAAAAAUAUUCAAUCUACAAUUGAGGGAUUUUUAACAAAAACAACAAAUAAAAACAAUAUUCUGCAGUCUAGCACACCAAAAUCAGUGAAAGAAGAGAAAAUUGAUUUAAAUGAUGAAUCUUUGGAUGAUUUAUAUCCUGAUAAACAAAGAAAAAUGGCUGGAGAUUUAAUAACAAUAGAUACAAUAAUAGAUCUUGAUAAUUCAGAUAGUUCAGACUCGUGCAAAAAUCCAUUUACGACACAAGCAAGUAGAAUUUGCAAUAUAUCUGAACCGUAUUAUAUUGAAAGUUCAAUAGAGGAAAAAGAGAGGAUUGAAAAAGAGACCAAAUCUUCAAAUCUAUUACAGAACAAUACAGAAGAAUACUCUAUAAAAACUUCUUUUAUUCCUGAAUCCUCUGACAGUGAAGAAGAUAAAAAAAACAUUAGAAAAUGUUUUCACUUAAAUCGAAAGCCAAAUAAUGCAUUAGUAGAAAAAGAUGAGAUAAGACAGCCUAUUGUAUCAGAAAUCAAUCGCUAUACUGAGUCCAACAGCAAAUACGUUCCUUCCAAUAGUCCAACAUUGUUGAAUAAAGAAAAACCUAAUGAAGCCACUAAUACAAUAUCAAAAGGCACAGAAAAUGAGCACCUACGGACUCCUAAGAAACACAUUAAUAAACAAAAAGCAAAUAAUUUAAUUUUAGAUUCUGAUACCGACAGUCCUCGCUCAAAGUAUAGUAGCAAAGGAUCACCAAGAAAAGAAUGGGUAGGACCUGAUAUUACAUUGAAUCUCAAAGAUUUAGGUUUUAAUAAGUGGUUGAAUUCAUGGAUUGAAUCUAUUCGAAAGGAACCAAUAAUGUCUACAAUACCUAUUACAAAGGAUAAGUUGUUAGAAAGACGCGAUAGUUUAAAGGAUCUUCAAAUUGAGAUUCUUGACAAAUUUUGUAGUGCUCUCGAAUUGAUUCCAUUACCAAUACUAGAACAAUUUCCAAAGUUUGAUCUCGAUUCUUUCAAGAAAUUACAAGGUUUACAUCGACAUGUAAAAGCUAAAUUGCGUUUAAUGCAGACAAAAUUAUCAAAGCUACAAAAAGAAGAUGAAAAAGAUGUAUCUGUAUCUUUAGAAACUCCUGAAUCUGUGUCAUCAAACUCAAUGGAGAGACCAAUUUCACAUAUCUCUGAAAGUUGCCUGAUAAAUAAUGAUUUUGAUACAUCGAGUACUUUAAUAUCUAAAACAAUAGCUUUUCAUGAAAAUUUAUCAAAUAUAAUGGAAUCACAUACAAAGGAGCAUGAUAGUAAUAUGGAAUCCAUAAUAGCGAUCAGGUCAUCUGAAACCACAAUUCCAAGUAAGAAGAGCACUUUCCAAUUGAAAAGACCUAUCAAAACAGUAUUAGGGACCGAAGUUUCUAAAACGAUAGCAGAGAUGUGGGAGAAGGAUCAAAUGUCAAAGACAAUGAAUUCUUCAGAUUCUGAAUAUGUUUCCAUAUCCACAAAGGAUACAUUUAAUAACAGUAUUAAGACACCACCAAAAACUGAAACAAAUAUGUCUAUGCAAAAAAACGUCAGGAGCAGUCCAAACAAUUGGAUUAGUAGUACUAAUAAGUCUCAAGGCAGUUAUACAGUUUCUGCGAACGCUAACAUUUUAACACAAGAGUUGGAAAAAUUUCCAGCAUUGGAAGAAAAUUGUAACAUAGAUAUAAAUGAUGAUUCUAUAGAUUGGCCUGAGACUCAUCGGGCGCAAAGUAGUAGUAAACACAAUGAUGUUAAUGCAAAAUCAAGAUUUGAAAAAAAUAGUGUGGAAUUUGGGAGAUUUACUGGUAAUUAUAAAAAUGAUGGUGUUAGUGGAGAAUUUGAUAGUUUAACCUAUUCACAUUCACAAGAAAUGUUAAAGAUAUUUCGACAAAGAUUUGGCUUAUAUAUAUUUAGGCCAAAUCAAUUGCAAGCUAUUAAUGCAACUUUAUUGGGAUUUGAUUGCUUUGUAUUGAUGCCAACUGGAGGUGGAAAAUCUCUUUGUUAUCAAUUGCCUGCACUUUUAAGUGUUGGAUUAACAAUUGUUAUCUCACCGUUGAAAAGUCUUAUUUUAGAUCAAGUACAGAAGCUUACCUCACUCGAUAUUCCUGCAGCUCACUUAUCCAGUUCUAUAACAGAUAAUCAAGCAGAAGCAGUGUACAGGGAGCUCGCCAAAAAGGAACCUGUUCUCAAAAUAUUAUAUGUAACACCAGAGAAAAUCUCCGCUUCGCCAAAAUUGUGUAAUACCUUAACUAUUUUAUAUGAAAGAGAAUUGCUAGCAAGAUUUGUCAUUGACGAAGCGCACUGCGUUAGUCAAUGGGGUCAUGAUUUCAGACCAGACUACAAGCGAUUAAAAUGUCUCAGAGAUAAUUAUCCCAAAGUGCCAACAAUAGCUUUAACUGCAACGGCCACACCGCGUGUUAGAACAGAUAUUUUACAUCAGUUGGGUAUGACUAAUCCAAAGUGGUUUAUGUCGAGUUUCAACAGACCUAACUUGAGAUAUAGUAUAAUCUCAAAGAAAGGGAAAAAUUGCUCCGAUGAAGUUAUUGCUAUGAUAAUGACAAAGUAUAGAAACGCUUGCGGCAUUGUAUAUUGUUUAUCGCGCAAGGAUUGCGAUGAUUAUGCUACGCAAAUGAAAAAGAAUGGUAUCAAAGCGUUGAGUUAUCACGCGGGACUCACAGAUAAUCAAAGAAGCAGCUGUCAAGGAAGAUGGAUCUCUGACGAAAUACAUGUUAUCUGUGCGACAAUAGCUUUCGGAAUGGGCAUUGAUAAACCAAAUGUGCGAUUUGUAAUACAUGCUGCUCUACCAAAAUCCAUAGAAGGCUAUUAUCAGGAAAGUGGCCGCGCUGGUCGUGAUGGCGAGAUAGCAGAUUGCGUUUUGUUUUAUAAUUAUGCAGACAUGCACAGGAUCAGAAAAAUGAUCGAAUUGGAUAAUCCAAAUCCACAAGUCAUUAGUACACAUAUGGAUAAUUUAUUUAAAAUGGUAGCAUUUUGCGAAAAUACUACCGAUUGUCGUAGAUCACUGCAGCUUAAUUACUUUGGAGAAAUAUUUGAUAGACAACAGUGUAUCUCAAAUAAAACAACCGCAUGUGAUAACUGCAGAUGCAAGGAAGAGAUUACACAGCUGGAUGCAACUGAAGAUGCAAAAGAGAUUAUGAAAGCUGUACGAGAUAUUAACAACAGAAAGAAUUGUAAACUUACAUUAAUACUCUUAUCACAUAUUUUUAAGGGUAGCGAUCUUAAGAAGAUUAGAGAAACAGGUCUUACAAAACAUCCUCUAUAUGGUCGCGGAAAAUCGUGGGACAAAAAUAACAUAGAACGCCUUUUACAUUAUAUGGUAUUGCAAGAAUAUUUGCAAGAAGAUAUGUAUAUUAAUAAUGAAAUUGCUUGUGCAUAUUUAAAAAUUGGACCAAAAGCGGGUGAACUCAUGACGAGAAAAAAUGUAAAGGUACAAAUCCCAACAAGACAAUCAAAUAAAUCUACAGGUGGCAUGGCCACAGUUUCGACGGUCACAAAGAAAAUUGAUGGCAUUGUAAAAGAAUUGCAAGAUCGUUGCUAUGCCGAAUUAAUGACAAUAAUACGGGGGAUUGCUAGUACAUUGGAUGUUUCUGCUUCCUCUAUCAUGAAUAUGGUAGCUGUCAGAGCUAUGAGCCAGCGCUUACCAGAGACUGAAGAAGCCAUGUUACAAAUCCCACACGUUACUAAGGCUAACUUUGUUAAAUAUGGCAAAGCUCUCUUAGAAAUUACACAGAAAUAUGCAGCAGAAAAAAUUGUAUUGGAAAAUGAAAAUGAUGAAGAAGAACAAGAUAUUGAUGAUAAUGAUGACAGUAGUGCCUGGGAUGACAAUGUUUCCAACUAUUCUCGUAGUAGUACUAGCAAUCGUCGCGGUAAGAAACGGAAGAUUGGCAAUAGAUCUAACAGCACCAAUAAAAAGUAUAGACGAGGUGGCUCAAGCACUGGGCGAGGCAGAGGUUCAUCAAGAGGCACAUCAAAAAAUUUAGCAACAAAAUCUAAUGUAGCUACGAAGAAGAUGAUAGGACUUGCAAGUUUUAGUCAGACAAAACAAUAUCUCGCAAAUCCUAAUAGAUACAUGCAUAUUAGUUAAUUGUGUUUCUUUUUUCUAUCUCUGACAUAUUAUUUUCGGAAUUUGUGAUGCAUCUCUAAUUCCUAUACAGGUCUUGGGAUACACAAUGGCCAAAAUUAUCUAUGGCGUUUUAGCCAUUUUAUAGAAUAAAAGUUGAUAACGUUUCUGUAAACUAUGCAUUAUAUUUAUGUAUAUGCUCUAAGGAUUUAUGAGAAAAGUGUAUAUAAAAUGGUUUUUAUGAUAAAUGGUUUUUAUAAUAUUUUGUUUAAUAUAGCAAAUUUUGUUACACAUGCAAAGAGAUAGCAAGUUACAAUAUGCCAAAGCCAAAGUAUAUAUUUGACAAUGGGUCUGUUCUCUGAACUGGCUGUAUUAGUUCAGACCUUAUCUUUUUCUUU